GGGAGCGCAAGCGAGAGAGGCCGGAUCUCUCCCCCAUUAGCUUUGCCAUCGCCUGGGACUUGCAGCUCCACCUUGGGCCACUUUCAGCCAUGAAGCUCCUUUUGCUGACUGUGACUGCACUGCUGCUCUUGUCCCAGCUCACUCCAGGUGGCACCCAAAAAUGCUGGAAUCUUCUUGGCAAAUGCCGCCACACAUGCUUCAAAAAGGAAAGGAUCUACGUUUACUGCACAAAUAGUAAACCGUGCUGUGUGAAGCCCAAGUAUCACCCAAAACAACAUCCCUGGUUAUUCUGAGUUCUCUGAAGCCUAAAGCCAUAAAAAUACAGAUGGAGCUAUCCUGAGUCUGAACCCCAAAGAUUCCUGAAUUCUAUCAAUAAACACCUCUGGCUGA